GUAAAAGUCGUUUAUUGGAUUUCAUAAAGGCAGGAGGGAAAUUUGUGUAACAGUUACUGGAACUAUUCCAAUGAAUUCGAGUAGAUUGCCAGAUCACUCACUGUGAAGAUGCUUCCAUAUUUUCACAACGACGAUCCAGAAAUUAAGACUCGACCACUUAGCACCAAUUUCGGCUCCAUGGCCGUGAAGAAGGACUCGAACACACCGUACUCAGACGCUACGCAGACGAAGAAGCAUCCGCCGAACCACAUCAAGCGGCCCAUGAACGCCUUCAUGGUCUGGUCGCAGAUGGAGAGGAGAGAAAUCGUCAAGUUUGCACCCGACACUCACAACGCAGAAAUUUCCAAGCAGCUUGGGAAGCGAUGGAAGCUCCUAACUGAGGAGCAAAGAAAACCUUACCGCGAGGAAGCAGCGAGACUCAAGGAGCUUCACAAUCGAGAAUAUCCUAAUUACAAGUACAGGCCCAAGAAAAAAGGACUGAAAUGUGAAAAGCUAAAAUGUACAAGUGGAGGCAAGAUCAUCAAAGCUAAAGAUACUGCAAAUAAUUCUUUAAAGCGAUUUGGCGUGAAGAGCGUCAUGAAAGUGAACUUCCAACGUCAUGUUCAACAAAUGACAGAGUCUGGGUUAAUCUUUUAUAAUGGUCAUUAUGAUCAUAAAGAAAAUUCUGAUACCAGUAUUUUGUCUUCACCAUCUCCUACCCCAUCAGAAAUUUCUCAUAGUCCGGCCUUUUCAUUUAUAACAAAUUUAGAUGCUCAGAAUCAAGCGGACGAACACCAAGUUUAUCCAUUCUAUAAUAAUAUCAGUAAUAUAAGUCAAACACAACAACAUUUAAAUAACUCAAAUCUCGAUUGUACUCUAAAUUGUGGUGCCAUUAAUAAUUUAUAUGCAGAAAACAGCGUUCACGACCAUAAUAUUCACAGGAACAAUUUCGAUAUCGAAGAAGCCCAUCCCUCGUCCAUGGAUAGGCUGUUGAAACAAGAGCCCCAUGCUGAUCACCAAGAUUAUUAUUGUUAUCGCACGAAUCACGACCACAUGACGGAUGACAGGUUUUGCACGGGCCAAAUGAAGCAGUCUCCCUCCAUUCGGGCCGAAGUUAGGAGCGUCCUCUUGAAGCCGCACAGCGAGCGCGCGGGCGACAACCCUUCCUUGGAAGAUCUCUACAAAAUCACGGAUUUAAUACCUACGUCUGAUAUUAAAGUCGACUUUAAUAACAUUGAUGUAGAUAUUGAUUUGAAAAUAGCUAACAGUAUGUCAGGGCAAGUUUUGGGAAUUGCUAACUUAUGAUACGAGGACUCCGGUCGAACUUAGUAGGCAAGUGGUGUGUCCAACGAAGAGUGUGUUGAAUUAGGAUGACAGGAUAAAAGUAG